AUGCGUUGUGCAGACGGCACCAUCCUCUGGAGAGUCUUACGGUUGUGGGUGGUGCAGUUGACGUACCAGGCGGUUAUACAGACCGACAGGGAUACUCUCAAUUUUGCUCCUCUGGAAUCAGAUUGGUCAGACCACAGAGAUGUGUCACUGCCCACCAACCUCAAACUAAGGAUAAAAUGGACUAAGCUGACCUCAGAAUACCUCAGAGGUGGGGAUGUGUUCAUUGCCAUGGGUUUCCACAAGCGGAGUUACAGACGUUUCCAUGGACGCAUCUACUUACAGGACUCGGCUCCUACCGAUGCGUCGCUGGUCAUCACAGAGCUCACACUGGAGGAUUAUGGGAGAUAUAAGUGUGAGGUCAUCGACAGGAUGGAAAACGGCACGGGUGUGGUGUCUCUGGACCUGCAAGGUAUCGUCUACCCCUACUUCCCUCAGCUGGUUCGUUACAACCUGAACUUCUUUGACGCUGAGUGGGCGUGUUCCGAUCAGGACUCCAUCAUGGCGUCGUUUGACCAGCUGUAUGAGGCUUGGCAUGGGGGUUUGGACUGGUGCAACGCAGGGUGGGGGAGUGAUAGGUAG